AUGGAAGAUAAUUUCGUGGGAAAACUGCCUCGAGGAGCUUGGACGAGUGACCCACGUCUUGCCACUGCUAUUCUCAGUUCCCUUUCGAAGCAGGGGAAGUCUCAAGAGGUGAUUGCCUUGCUGAAGCAGCUUGCACAUUGCAGUGUGGAGAUUGAUGUGGUACACUGGGGUGCUGCGAGCAGGGUCUUUGAGAACCACUGGAGGCAGUCUUUAGCGAUGCUUCGGCAUGGACAGAUACUCGACCUUUCGCCCAAUGAGUUCAUUUUGAGCUCUGCUGUGUCGAGUUGCUCCCGGAAAAAUGCUCAUGGUGCAUGGCCAAUAGCAUUGGAUCUUCUCUGUAACCGCAUCUCCAAUGAGGCUUUGGCAUCGCCACAAGCACGUACAUGUGUUGAGGGCUAA